AUGUUUCGUCGCUCGUGUAUCUCGGCUGUCCGUAGAACACGGCUUAAUCAUGUUUCAUUGGUGUUUAAGCAACUUGAGGGUUCCAAUCCGUUGACUGUGAAGGACAAACCCGUGAACUCGUGGUCAGACGAGUUCCUGAAGCCACCCGUGUCGAAGGAAAUGAUGAAUAAGCACGGAAAGUACGCGAAAUACUCGGAUCCCGCACUUUGCACCGUAGAUACCUCCUCGGAGGUGGUGCUUAACACAUACCCUGACGGUGCACCACAAGGUCGAAUUGAGACCACGGCAGGUGUUGCCCUAAAGGAUUAUGAUGCUUCCAUGUGGGAUGAGGAAUUUUUCCGCAAGUUUAUCCUAAAACCAAAGCUGCCAGAAGAACUGGAAGACCGUGCGCGUGUGACGGAUUACGCACUGAAUUCAGCUCUCUUGGGUUUUGUGAUCCUUAUGGCGCGCUAUGCCGUGCUACCGCUCUGGUACGUUGGUCAGCCGGCCAUGUCUAUGGUCGGCCAGAUGAACAUUGAGGCGGAGGUGGGAGAGCUAGAGGAUCGCCAGUGCAAAACCAUUGUGUGGCGUGGGCGGCCAGUUUUUGUCUACAAGCGCAGUGCCCGUCAGAUGAAGGAGUUGCAGGAGACACCAUUGAGCGCCCUGAAGCACCCAGAGGCGGACGAGGCCCGUUUCCCCGAUCACCGCGAAAAGGCUGUCGUCAUUGCCAUUUGCACACAUUUGGGAUGCAUUCCCAUUCCAAACGAGGGGCUUUACAAUGGUUUCUUUUGUCCGUGCCAUGGCAGUCACUACGAUGCCUCUGGCCGAACUCGUCAAGGCCCGGCGCCGCUGAACCUGGAGGUUCCGCCCUACAAAUGGAUUGACGACAACACAAUUUAUAUUGGAAAACUGUAA